AGGAAUUCCAUGCCCUACGUCGUGUACAAGAUGGGCGUCGCCACUUCCUUUCCUUCGCGGGUGAAGCGGAAGAGCCUGCACCGAGUUACCCGUCUGACCACCGUUGCUGGCGGUAUGACCUUCACGUCCCUACGGUCAGUGCACCGCGCGUGGAUCAUUAGGGUCGGGGGUGAUCCGGGUGACACCGUCAUCUUCGACACCAAGACGAAGAAGGUCAUUCACGGGCCGACUCUCAAUUCUACAAAGUGGUGCCCUGUCCUAACAACAAUGGGGGACAAGGUUUAUGCUCUGUGCAAGACUCUCUGCUGGUUCACAGACCCCGAUUUCCCACCCUGGUUCGAGGUACUCGAUCUUUCCAAAGCCAAAGUUGUCAUUGUUGACGACCGCUCCCACCUGGAGGGAUGCUCCUGGAUUGAGCUACCACAUCCACCUUGCUUCCCUUGGAAGAUUACCCCAUUUGUUUAUACCAUGCUGCCAGUUGUACUUAUCACGUCUUAUGUGGUGGUCGACACCUACAUACUGGUAUCAUUCAAUCAACUUUGGGGCACAUAUGCAUUUGACACCAAUUCAGUCGAGUGGCACAAAAUUGACACCAAGGGGCUACCAUUCGUUGGUCGCGCCACCCCACAUGGCUCUUUAUUCCUUGGCUUGUCAGAGGGAAAUGGAUCCAUCAAUGCUUAUUGCAUCAGUGUCACUACUACUGACAAUGAUCGUGCUCCUAACUUAUCCAUCACUAUGCUCCCGGUGAAAUACAUGGAUAAUGAAAUUGAUGCAGGGCCCUGCUUCUUUUCCUUGGAGGAUGGAUGCUUUUGUUCGUUCAGUUUUUCGCUUGAUAAAUGCAGUUGGACUCUUCAUCCCAAGAAGCUCGAAUUGUUUCCAAAGGAGACACAUUUAAACCUGAGAACAUAUCAGACAGAGAAUCUUUCAUCCCUGGAGGUUCCAGAGGAAACAUUGUUGGCUGUGAAGCCGAAGAUUGCAGUCCACAGCCAUUGGGAGUAGACCUUCAAGAUUUAGUGUUCAUCCCAUGGGUUCAGUCAAUUUGCUUCCGUCCUUCUAGUAUAUGUCCCACUGAUACCUUUCUUUCAGAAAUAUGAUC